GUGUGAGAGAGAGAGAGAGAGAGAGAGAGGUGAGGAAAAAGCUCAUACUGUAAAUAAUGCUUACCGGCCAGAUGGGUUAAGCACAGUGGUGACUCGUUUUACACGUUGUAAAAUGGCGCCCAUGAAACCACAACGACAGCCAUUUGAAAAUCUUGAUGAAGGCCAGGGUCGUUGGCGGUUGAAAAUAACUGGAACAAAUAUAAAACAAGUAAUGAAUUAUCAAUUUAAAAUUCAAAGAACGUGAAUAGAGAGGAAAAGUGAAAAUAUAAUCCAUGUAUUUUUCUAUUUUCAUAAUGGACGAGUGAUUUGUGCAAAUUCUGUUGGAAACUCUCAACUGUCAAAAGAAUAUAUUUAUCAUACCCUUUUCCUAUGAUUUUACAUUGUUUUAUUUAAAAAAAAAAAAAAAGAAGCAAAAAAAGAAAAGAAAAAAAAAGGAAAAAAGUAUAAUAAAAGAAAGCAAGAGGAAAUGGAUGUGGAUGAUGGGGGAUGGGGAGGGGUUGGUGUGUCGUUCACGAGCGAUCCAAGAGGCCCAUGUUACGCCUCGUUGGAGUCAUUGAUGCCCCAGUGCACCAACACCAGUGAAAAUCAGUGAGGCGAACUGGGUUGGUACCUGACAGACUUACGACAAGAGGAAUCGAGUUGAAGGAGAAAAGUGAAGAGGGUUGAAACGACGAAUCUUUUGCACGAGUAAAUUGUACACUGCCGGAAGUCAAUUUGACGGUGGACUGAGGACAGAGAGAUAGUGGAGUUGAAUCGAGCCAGGAUGAAGAUUUCCGGGGUAGAGGCUAGUGUACCCCUUCUAGGUGCUGUUGCACCACGCUGUGUCGUUAAACAGGCAACUGUCAAGCGUUGUGUUGCUGCAUUACUCCUCAUCUCGGUUGCCAGUAUAUUUUAUUAUACUCAUUAUGUCAUCAGCAGUCCAUUAUCCAGCCUCAUUCACCGUGACACGAGACCAGAGCCAUCGAUAAGGUGUUCAACCCUGAGGGGAGCCACGAGACUGCCGGCAGCCCCAGAUCAUCGAAGCGAAGCCAGACUUAGAAUCGAUCCCAAGGUUUUGGUUUUCGUUGAGACAUUGUAUUCCCGAGUUGGAAGAGAAAUAGCUGAAUUGCUUGUCUACAAUAGGAUCAAAUACAAAGUGGAAGUAACUGGAAAAUCAUUACCAGUCCUGACGAAUCUGGAUAAAGGAAGAUAUGGCGUACUAGUGUUUGAGAACAUCAACAAAUAUUUACAGAUGGACAAGUGGAAUCGAGAAUUGCUCGACAAAUACUGUCGUGAAUACUCGGUUGGUAUUGUUGGAUUUGCUCCACCGGGUGAAGAAAGUCUCGUUGGAGCUCAACUCAAGGGUUUCCCAUUAUUCAUUCACACAAACUUAAGACUCAAGGAUGCACAGCUGAACGCCGCCUCACCCAUCCUGAGGUUGACCAGAUCCGGGGAGACGGCCUGGGGGCCGUUACCUGGAGGCGACUGGACCAUUUUUCAACCAAACCACAGCACGUAUGAGCCACUGGCAUGGGCGUACCGAGACACUCUGGAUUAUACUAGCCAAAAGACACCACUUGCCACUGUUAUUCAGGAUCAUGGAAGGUACGACGGCAUUCAGAGAGUCCUCUUUGGUGGUGGCUUACGCUUCUGGCUUCAUAAAUUAUUACUCCUAGAUUCAUUAUCCUACUUGUCACAUGGGCAAUUGAGUCUGAGCCUUAAUCGUAUGAUUUUGGUGGAUGUCGAUGAUAUAUUCGUCGGUGAAAAGAGUACAAGACUUAAAAAAGAUGACGUCCUUGCACUUUUAGCGACACAACAAAGAAUUCAAACACUUGUGCCAGGUUUCAAAUUCAAUUUGGGGUUUUCCGGCAAGUAUUUUCAUCACGGUACAGCGGAGGAGAAUUUAGGGGACGAUAUGCUACUCGAGAAUGUAGACAGAUUUACGUGGUUUUCCCACAUGUGGAAUCAUCAGCAGCCUCAUCUCUACGAGAAUGUAACACAUCUGCAAACGGACAUGGCACUUAACAAGCAAUUUGCUAAAGAACACGGAAUUCCAACAGUUAGUGGUUACAGUGUAAGUCCUCAUCAUUCUGGAGUUUAUCCAGUGCAUGAGGGACUGUACGAGGCAUGGAAGAGAGUAUGGAACAUCAAAGUGACGAGUACAGAGGAGUAUCCACACCUGAGGCCUGCCAGACUGAGGCGUGGCUUCAUUCAUCGUAAUAUUAUGGUACUACCGCGACAAACUUGCGGCCUAUUCACACACACUAUUUUUAUCGAGAGAUAUCCAGGCGGGAGAGAUAAAUUGGACGAGUCUAUACAGGGUGGUGAAUUAUUCCAAACAAUUGUUUACAAUCCCAUUAAUAUUUUCAUGACGCACAUGUCCAAUUACGGUAAUGAUCGUCUUGCGCUCUAUACAUUCGAAUCGGUCAUUAAAUUCAUCCAAUGCUGGACAAAUUUACGACUCUCGAGUGCGCCACCACUCCAGUUAGGUGAACGAUAUUUUCAACUGUAUCCAGAAGAGGCUGAUCCAGUAUGGGGUAAUCCCUGUGACGAUCAGCGACACCAAAAAAUAUGGUCGCGCAAUAAGACGUGUGACCAAUUACCAAGAUUUCUCGUUAUUGGACCACAGAAAACUGGUACAACAGCUUUGUAUACCUUUUUAUCAAUUCAUCCAGCCAUUAGCAGCAAUUUACCGAGUCCUGAUACCUUUGAGGAAAUACAAUUUUUCAAUGGAAAGAAUUAUUACAAGGGGCUCGACUGGUACAUGGGCUUCUUCCCAGCGUCGAAAAACGAGAGUUCUCGCUAUCUAUUUGAGAAAUCGGCGACAUAUUUUGAUGGAGAAUUGGUUCCAAGACGAGCGCACGCUCUUCUACCAAAAGCAAAAUUAAUAACAAUACUAUUAUCACCAGCCAGACGAGCCUAUUCUUGGUAUCAGCACACAAGAGUACACGGGGAUCCGGUGGCGAAUAAUUACAGCUUUCACGCUGUAAUAACAGCAAGCGAUACAGCGCCAAAGCCAUUAAGGGAUCUUCGAAAUAGGUGUCUAAAUCCGGGCAAAUAUGCCCAGCACCUAGAAAGAUGGCUGUCUUAUUAUUUACCCCAGCAAUUGCACAUAAUUGAUGGUGAACAAUUACGUCAGAAUCCAAUAGAGACGCUUCACGAGCUCCAGAGGUUCCUCAAAAUAACACCUGCAUUUAAUUACUCAACCCAUUUGAGGUAUGACCCGAAGAAGGGAUUCUUCUGUCAAGUCACUAAUGAAGAUCGGACAAAGUGCCUGGGGAAAAGCAAAGGUAGACAGUAUCCACCGAUGGAGGACAGAUCGUACAAGCUCUUGCAGAGGUACUAUCUCUCCCAUAACACAGCCCUAGUCAAACUGCUCAAGAGAUUGGGAUCGAGAACGAUACCUCAGUGGUUGAAGGAUGAUCUCACUGACACAGUCAUGACCUAGCAAACGACAAUUGGAUCAGUAAAAUUCACCCUCUCACUGUCAACAAUUUCCCAAUCAUGGAAUUGGUCAUGGCGGUGACGUUGAUCUAUUAAGUAUUUAACAUUCCACUAUUGGGCCUAUUGAUACUCUUGGACGUAUCCGUGUUCAAGUGUUCAGGGACAGAGAAAGGGCCUAUCCAGUGGAGCGGGAAAAGCCUCUGAUGGCUUCCAUCGAGCCAUAAUAAUAAUAUUUAAUAAAUAAAACCUAGUCGCCAAAAUUUUGCACUUUGGACAAUUUUUUGAUUGAGCGGACUGAGAGCGGAAAUGGUAAAACGCAUUUUUUGAUUUUUUUUUUCCAGAAAAUCAAGAAAUACAUAAUUAAGAUGAAAAUAUUAAUGACUUGAGUUAACGAAUAGUUAACAUGUAUCCACAUUCCCUUUUCAAAUGUGAAAAACUUUGUAAAGUGGACAAACUUCUGAAUCAACGUAAGAUUGUCAAUAAUCUAGGGGAGAAAAAUCUAAAUGGACUCGCAUUUAUUGGUUUACUGGACCAAAAGAGUCGAUAAAAUAAUUCAAUUUUUAUUAUUGUAAUCACAUCUGUCCAAGGAUGAGACAAAAUGAUGAAUUUAUGGAAAAUGUUUUAUCAUGAAAUGUUUAUACACCAUUACGAACAAAUUACUUUGAACCUGAGCAAUUAAUACGAGAUGGGGGGGG